AUGAUAUGCACCUUUAGAAGUACAAGGAGUUUCUCGAUAACACUCCGGCGAAAUGGAUGGAAAACGAGCACCAAACCGGGCUACAUUGGGCCCGAAGUCGGCGACAAGAAGCCCACAAAUAUCAUCGUUGGGGCUGGAUCGGCGCGAUGCGUUCCGGCAAAUAGGUUGACGGAGGAUCCCUCAAACCGCGUGCUUCUCAUCGAAGCCGGGCCAAAAGAGCAAUUGGAGGGAUUGGAGAAUUCAAAAGAGGGAUUGGAGAAUUCACAUGCCGGCCGCGUUGAUGUUGAACCCGUUGAACGAUACAAUUGG